GUUUUUGUUUUCUCUCUGUUCCAUUCCUGUUCUCUGAUCAUGAAUCGGCUCAAGAUGUUUGGCAGAGCGAAGAACACGGACAGUGGAGCCACCACUCCUCGACAAGAUGGCGCAGCAUCGCCCAUUGGCACUGAGAAGAGGUCGACCGAUAAACAGCAUCAUGGCGAUGUCGAAAGAGAUGGAGCUCCCACAGACCGAGAAAAGAUCAGAUUAUUGCGACCAUAUACAUUCGCUCUCGCAGCGAUUGUGAGCAUUGGUGGUUUCAUUUUUGGCUACGAUACUGGUCAGAUUAGUGGAUUCCUCGAAAUGCCCGACUUUUUACGACGAUUUGGCAAUGUCGGCGAUUCGCCCGAUACCUAUGCCUUCACAGACGCAGUCUCUGGAACGAUUGUUGGUCUGCUCUCCAUUGGAACCAUGUUUGGUGCUUUAUGCUCUGCGCCCGUAGCAGACAAAUUCGGCCGCAAAGUCUGCAUCAUUUUCUGGAACAUCAUCUUCUGCGUUGGCGUGAUCGUCCAAAUGACUGCCGAAUACAAAUGGUACCAAGUCGCACUGGGCAGAUGGGUAGCUGGUCUUGGAGUCGGAGGUCUCUCUGUUCUGACUCCCAUGUAUCAAUCAGAAACAGCACCCAGAUACAUCAGAGGAGCAAUGGUUGGAUGCUACCAACUCUUCAUCACGCUCGGCAUCUUCGUCGCGUACUGCAUCAACUUCGGAACCGAAAAGAACCAGGACGCAUCAGCAUGGCGCAUUCCUAUGGGCGUUGGCUUCAUCCCACCAGCCUUGAUGAUCAUCGGAAUCCUGUUCCUCCCAGAGUCACCGCGCUGGGACUACCGCCACAACAACAUCGAAAGAGCCCGAAAGACCAUUGCCCGAUCGUACGGAGUGACCAUCAACCACUGGGAAGUGCAACGGGAAAUGCGUGAGAUCAAAGAGAAAUACGACGCCGAAUUCGCAGGAGGUGGAAAACCAAAGUGGUAUGAGAUCUUCACGGGACCUCGUAUGGCAUACCGGACUUUGCUGGGUGUUACGAUGCAAGCACUGCAACAACUCACAGGCGCCAACUUCUUUUUCUACUUCGGAACGACCAUCUUCACGGCAACUGGGCUUAAUAACAGCUACAUCACCAGCAUGAUCCUCGGCGCUGUGAACUUCGCUUUCACAUUCCCCGGUCUCUACGUGAUCGAGAAAGCCGGUCGCCGCGGAGCUCUCAUGUGGGGUGCCAGUUGGAUGUUCAUGUGUUUCAUGGUCUUUUCUUCCGUGGGGCACUUCUCCUUGGAUCAAGCAGAUCCAACAUCAACGCCAAAGGCCGGCGCCGCCAUGAUUGUGUUUGCUUGUCUCUUUAUCGCCGGAUACGCAAUGACAUGGGGUCCGGUAAUCUGGGUCGUAGUCGGAGAACUAUAUCCCACACGCUAUAGAACCAUGUGCAUGGGAAUUGCCAGCUCAAGUAACUGGAUCUGGAACUUCCUAAUAUCCUUCUUCAGCCCCUUCAUCACCUCAGCAAUCGACUUUCAAUACGGCUACAUCUUCGCCUCGUGCUGCUUCAUCUCGAUCCCCAUUGUUUUCUUCUUCCUCGAAGAGCACCAAGGCCGUACAUUGGAGGAGAUUGACACCAUGUACAUUACUCACGUGCCACCGCGCAAGAGCUCCAAAUGGCAGCCACCUAUCGGAGAGGAUUUGGUCACGGCAGAUGCGCUGUAUUUGCAGCCUGGAGCGAGAGGCAUCAAGAAGGCAGAUGCAGCGGGCAUGGAAGCAGAGGAGAGGAGAGAAGAUUUGCAAUUGCCACCGGCGACAGAGAGGGAGGGCAUUCAUGAGAGUUCUGGUGCUGAUGCUGAGGCGACGGGCAUCAGUGGGGUGAGAGGCAUGUCGUAUUCGAGGCCGCAUGAGUCGUAGUGGCAGACAUCUUGGGAACAUGUUGCAUUGCAAGCACGGGCUGGUGUUGCAUUGAGCGGGA